AUGACUUUUGAGACGUCUCAAAAGUCAGAGAUAGCAGGGAAUCUGGGAAGGAAGGUCCAGCAGUCAGGGACGUUUCCGCUGGAGUCUAGAAAUCAGGAUGGAGCCAAUCACCUGGGUGCAUCUGGGUAUCCUGCCGCCGGUCAAUCAGUGUAUCCCCUUGCCUUAUCCCCACUACCUACUCUUGAGACGACUCAAAAGUUUGAGACAUCUCAAAAGUCGUUUUCGCUGGAGUCUGGAAAUCAGAGUGGAGCCAAUCACCUGGGUGCAUCUGGGUAUCCUGCCUUAUCCGCAUUUCCUGCUCAAUCACUACUUCUUUCCCCACGGCCACUUGUCUCCCUUCGACCAGCUCUUUCCCCCCAACUGAUUCUACCUGCACGACCGAUGCGUGAGGCCCCUCAGAAGGCUCGUUCCCCAUUGCCGAUCCUACCUGCACGGCCGAAGGAUAGCAAGUUAAUCUCCCCUCGUUAUAAGAAACUUGCGCUCUCUACAGGGUCUGGCACCAGUGGCAGCAGCAGCGGCAGUCACUUGGCUGGGGCGACAGGGCAGCCAAUCACCGCCAGCCACGUGGCAGUGGUGGGAACGGUGGCUGUGCUAGGGCAGGUACAUGCUGCGUUGAUGGAGGAAGUGGGGGAGAAAGCAGGGGGAGAAGGGGGGUUGGUGGCGGAAGGAGGAGAGGAAGAGGGGAUGGUAGUGGGAAGGGGGAAUGAAGGAGGGGAGCAAGGAGGGUUGGUGGAGGAAGGGGGGAAGGAAAGGGCGGUGGGAGGGGGGUUGGUGGAAGAAAGGGGAAAGGAAGGAGGGGAGGAACGGGGGUUGGUGGCACGAGGGGGUGAUGAUGAAGGUGGGGUGGUGGCGCAAGGAGGGAAUGAAGGUGCCACUUAUGCAGGCAGACGUGGCAUUCAGGCGGGCAGUGGUGCAUCUGAUAAUUCUCGCCGAAACAGAAGACUUUUGAGGAACAGAGUGAAUGCCCAGCAAGCAAGGGAGAGGAAACGACAACGCAUGGAGAGCUUAGAGGAGCAAUGCGAGGCGAAGGAGAGGGAGAAGGAGGAGCUGGAAUCGAGGAUUGCUGCAGUGCAGCAGGAGAAUGACCGGCUAAGGGAUACACACUCACUGCACUCGCACUCACUGCACUCGCACUCACUGCACUCGCACUCACUGCACUCGCACUCACUGCACUCGCACUCACUGCACUCGCACUCACUGCACUCGCACUCACUGCACUCGCACUCACUGCACUCGCACUCACUGCACUCGCACUCACUGCACUCGCACUCACCGCACUCGCACUCACUGGACUCGCACUCACUGCACUCGCACUCACUGCACUCGCACUCCCUGCACUCGCACUCACUGCACUCGCACUCACUGCACUCGCACUCCCUGCACUCGCACUCACUGCACUCGCACUCACUGCACUCGCACUCACUGCACUCGCACUCACUGCACACGCACUCACUGCACUCGCACUCACUGCACUCGCACUCACUGCACUCGCACUCACUGCACACGCACUCACUGCACUCGCACUCACUGCACUCGCACUCACUGCACUCGCACUCACUGCACUCGCACUCCCUGCACUCGCACUCACUGCACUCGCACUCACUGCACUCGCACUCACUGCACUCGCACUCAGUGCACACGCACUCACUGCACUCGCACUCACUGCACUCGCACUCACUGCACUCGCACUCACUGCACUCGCACUCCCUGCACUCGCACUCACUGCACUCGCACUCACUGCACACGCACUCACUGCACACGCACUCACUGCACACGCACUCACUGCACACGCACUCACUGCACACGCACUCACUGCACACGCACUCACUGCACUCGCACUCACUGCACUCGCACUCCCUGCACUCGCACUCACUGCACUCGCACUCACUGCACACGCACUCACUGCACACGCACUCACUGCACACGCACUCACUGCACACGCACUCACUGCACACGCACUCACUGCACACGCACUCACUGCACACGCACUCACUGCACACGCACUCACUGCACACGCACUCACUGCACACGCACUCACUGCACUCGCACUCACUGCACACGCACUCACUGCACACGCACUCACUGCACUCGCACUCACUGCACACGCACUCACUGCACACGCACUCACUGCACACGCACUCACUGCACUCGCACUCACUGCACACGCACUCACUGCACACGCACUCACUGCACUCGCACUCACUGCACACGCACUCACUGCACACGCACUCACUGCACUCGCACUCACUGCACUCGCAUUCACUGCACUCGCACUCACUGCACUCGCACUCACUGCACUCAGGCACACAGCUCACUCACUGA